GAUCAAGAAAGUUACCCGGCUGCCUCCAGCCUUGCAUGCACUGUGCCACUCAUUCUGCAUCUUACUAAUGUGUACCGCGCCUGGAACCUUGCCUGUGGAUGGUAACCCCGAUAAAUUUCCUCAGAUGGCAGAGCCAUGCAUGUGCGGGUUGCCUCUACUUUGGUCCUAUUUUGCUGGGCGGCAGUAUAAAAGGAGAUGAAAUUCCCCCUGAGCCACAUUUGUCACAUCUUCUCUCCAUCAAUUUACUAGUAAAUUUUACAUACACAAACACAAUGGCCGUUCAAGUUCAAAGACCAGCUCCAUCCUUCAAGAAGACCGCCGUCAUCGAUGGUGUCUUCGAGGAAGUCUCUUUGGAGCAAUACAGAGGCAAGUGGGUCUUGUUGGCCUUCAUUCCAUUGGCCUUCACCUUUGUCUGCCCAACCGAAAUCAUUGCUUACUCUGAAGCCGCCAAGAAGUUCGCCGACAAGGACGCCCAGAUCUUGUUCGCCUCCACCGACUCCGAGUACUCCUUGUUGGCCUGGACCAACGUGGCCAGAAAGGACGGUGGCUUGGGUCCAAUCGAUAUCCCAUUGUUGGCCGAUACCAACCACUCCUUGUCUAAGGACUACGGCGUCUUGAUCGAGGAAGAAGGUGUUGCCUUGAGAGGUAUCUUCUUGAUCGAUCCAAAGGGUAACUUGAGACAGAUCACCAUCAACGAUUUGCCAGUUGGCAGAAACGUUGAAGAAUCCUACAGAUUGUUGGAAGCCUUCCAGUUCGUCGAAGAGCACGGCGAAGUUUGCCCUGCCAACUGGCAGCCAGGUUCCGAGACUAUCAACCCAGACGUUGAAAAGUCUAAGGACUACUUUUCCAAGGUCAACUAAGCGCCUCACUGUAUGAUACGCUCCAUAGCGAAAACAAGUAUAUAAUUUUAAUAGACAC